AUGACUAAUACAGGUAGUAGUGAUGAUGAAAGGAGGGCUCGCCAAGAAGCCGAGAUCCGAGGAAGAAAUGACUUCACUCUACAAGCUAUGCACCAACAAUUCGAAAGAUGGACCUUGCAAUUUCAAGAGAUCAAGGAUGCCAUUGCUGAACAAAAUGAGACAAUAGCUGAACUUAGGAGGGGAGGUCAACAUGUUGUACAACCACAAAAUAAUCCUAGGCCUCAAAAUAGAAGAAAUAUGCCCCAUGGCCCCAUUGUAAAUCAAGAAAACCCUAUAGAUGAUUUUGUUGAUGAUCUUGAUGUAAAUCUAGAUAGGGUAGGGAGAGAUAGGAGGGGACAACGAGGAAGAGUGGAAGAUGAUAACAUCAAUAGCAUAAAGAUGAAGAUGCCAACUUUCAAGGGCACAAGAGAUCCAGACUUGUACCUUGAUUGGGAGCGGAAAGUUGAAGCCAUUUUUGAUUGUCACAACUAUUCUGAAGCUAAGAAGGUAAAACUUGCCGUUGUUGAAUUUUCUGACUAUGCUUCUAUUUGGUGGAAAAGGCUUACAAGGGAUAGACAACAAGAUGGAGAACCACCCAUUGCUACUUGGGCUGAGAUGAAGAGAGUCAUGAAGAAGAGGUUCGUGCCUUCCCACUUUCAAAGAGACCUACAAAUGCGUCUUCGAAGAUUGGAGCAGGGAACCAUGACUGUUGAUGAAUACUUCAAAGCUAUGGAUAUGGCUAUGAUCCAAGCUAAUUGUGUAGAAGAUGAAGAGGCCACUAUGGCUAGAUUUCUUAAUGGUUUAAAUAAAGAAAUAGCUGAUGUAGUAGAGAUACAACAAUAUGUAACUUUAGAUGAGUUAGUGGACAUGGCUGUAAAAUUAGAAAAGCAAAUUAAAAGAAAGCAGCAAGCUAGCUCAUGGAGGAGUCAGCCAAACACCAAUUCAAAGAAGCCAUGGCCGAAACAAGAUGUGACUUCUAGGCCUCAAGAAGGCAAGGGGAAGGCCAAAGUAGAUGAAAAGGAGGGAGGUAAAACUUUUAAUCCUAAAUCACCAAAACCUUCUAGUUCUAUUCAAUGUUACAAAUGUCAUGGAAGAGGGCAUAUGAUGCAUGAAUGUCCAAAUAGAAGAAAUAUUCUCAUGAAAGAAGAUGGAGAGUAUGAGAGUGAAAAAAGUGAGGUAGAGGAAGAAGAGGGAGGUGUGAGUGAAGAUGAUGUAGAGUUGCCUAAUAGUGGUUUUGUUGGGGUAGCUAGGAAGAUUCUUGAUGGAGAAAAUGAGAGUAAAAAAAGUGAGAAAGACGAAGAAGAGGGAGGUGUGAGUGAAGAUGAUGUAGAACUUCCUUUUAAUGAGUUGCAGUAG